ACGAACAUUGUUAAACACUUAAACCACAUUAACCUGUCUCGAUCCAUCACGGUCGACAUAACCUCUUUCUUCUUCCAAUAUAACUGGUUUCGUUUCACCGGAUUUGGGCUCUCCGGCGACGGAGAAUAGCUCCAUCUCCAAAGAAAACAGUAGACAUAGCUGAGAAACAAGAGAAGUGACAAGGGUGAUUGAAAACUUGAAGGACUCAGAUGGGAAGCAACAACAAAAGUGGAGAACAAGGAAAGCAAAUGGCAGAUCUGAGCAAAAGUCUUAAAGAAGGUGAGAGGAUUCUGGAGCCCACACGUAGACCUGAUGGUACCCUCCGGAAACCCAUCCGGAUCCGAGCUGGAUAUGUUCCACAAGAUGAAGUUGUCAAAUAUCAGUCCAAAGGUUCUCUGAUGAAGAAGGAGAUGGCCUCACAAGGGCCUCCUGGUUAUGAACCUGAUCCAGCUCCGAAACCAAAGACUAAAUCUGCUAAGAGGAACGAACGUAAAAAAGAGAAGAGAUUACAGUCUACUGCCGAAAAAGGUAACAGUUCUGAGGAUGGAUCAGCUAGUAAUGGAUCCCAAUCGGUGAAUGUAUUGGCUUCUGAAAUGGAGGCUUUGGACGUUUCUUCAAAUAAUGAUGUAUGUGGAGAAGCGCCCAAUCCAGUAACUACAGGAGAAGACGUAGAGAAAAGAAUCCGCGCACUUAAGAAGAAAAUCCGACUCACAGAAGCUCAACAGCAGAAGACUGCUUCCCAAGACCUAAACCCGGAGCAGUUAGAGAAAUUCUCUAAGUUGGAAGAAUGGAGGCAAGAACUCAAGGCUCUAGAGGAUAAGGAGGCUUGACUUGCUGCAGCAUCAACAUGAAUGGUCUAACUUUUAGACAGGCUGCAGUUUCUCUCAUGAAAUUUCUGGAACCAAUCCAAAUUUGUAUCAAUGAAAAGAAAGCUGUUGUUACUUCUUAGGUUUCGUCAGAUCUGAUUAAUGAACUUGGCGCAAUGCCUGAAUCCUCUUGGGAAUUGAUGUCACAUUGUGUUUGCGAUUGGUCCUAAUCUAAAGAACGUGAUUCCAAACA